CUAGUCUCUUUUGGAAACAACGCGCGAACCGCUUUUCCUAAAGGGGUCACUCUACCAUUACGCUAAGCAUUAAGAUAGUAUGGUAAGGUAAUGUCGCUGUGUAGUGUCGUCCCGGAACAGCAAUGCGCCAGCGAGCAGUACUAGGGCCGCGAGAUGGCCGUCUGAAGAGCAAAGGUUGUCUCUCAUGCAUCCGAAUGAAAGUUAAGUGCGAUGAAGCCAAGCCGCACUGUCGACGGUGUCAGCGAGCUCGUCGCUGUUGUCCCGGCUAUCGACAUCAAACACAGGAGACCUUCAUCUUCCGCAUGGAGAAUAGCAAUCGGCCGCCGUUCCAUAAAACUGAUGUUCGGCAGCCCCUGACAUUACCACCUUGUUACUCCUCUCCACCCACUCAUAGUCUUCAUGAAGACUGGUUGCAAGCUGCUGUCUGCCGCUUCUUCCACCAUUUCGUUGUGACUCCUUCGGCUGGCUCCCACGGCUUCCUCGAGUUUCUCCCGCAGCUCUACAGCGCAACCCGACCUCCGUGGCUAUGCCUUAGACGCUCUGUGGAGGCUAUCUCCAUGGCCAGCCUCGCUCAGGCCAAGCACAUGAGCGUAAAGUACUUACUGAUGGCUCGAGAGGCAUACGGCGAGGCCCUCCGUCAACUGCAUCAAGCCCUGUCAUGCAGCAGCGAGGCAACACCACCAGCUGUGCUUACAACCAUCUGUUUGCUGUGGAAAUACGAUAUCAUCAUGGGCGAAGGCCGCUGCACACAUGCAGACAAAAGUCCGCACCGACAAGGUCAGCUCGAAGUUCUCCGCAUACGUUCCUCUCGUUCAGCAGACACCUGCACUACUAGUAAUAGUGAGGAGUGGAUCGAUCACUCCGCGCUUGCUAUCGUCUGCAUGCAGAGCCUCACAUGCAGCUUGGUACCCGAGGCGACACCGACAUCGGAUAUUCCCCUCCUGCCAAUCACCUCCUCAACAUAUGCAUGUGUCGAACCGGUAGCAAUUCUACGGAAGAUACUGCUACCCCAGCUAGCAGCCACCAUCAACACCGUUGCUAGUGGUCUCGCUGAAAGGACUCCCACCGCCGAUGAAAUCGUAAGACACGCCAGUCAGUUGCUGAAUCUCCACCGGCAGCUCAAGAGAUGGGAGGUCAGUCUGCCUGAAAGGCUCAGAUAUGAGUCCAUGCCGAGAGCUGUAUCCAGGCAACACAACCGCCGCUUUCCCUUUCCUCCAUUCUACAUCCUUUUCCCCGGUGUUUCUGUCGCCGCGAUAUGGAUAGCCUACUGGCUCGCCCGGCUGUCUUUGCUACGCAAUCUGACACUGAUAUUGUCACAUUGGCACCGCGCCAACGGCCUACCUAGCAUUUCGUUGCCUGAUAUUCGAGCAGAUAUGCAAUCGGUAGCGGGCUCGAUCUGCUCCAGCGUCCCGCACCUAAUUGGGGAUGUUGACGACAAUGGUAACAUGAACCCAAGUGCUGACAGCCAGGGCCAAGGUUUGGGCGCCCUCUUCGCUACAAGAGCGCUGUACAUGACCGCGCAGCUGCGAUGCAUGUCGGAUGAGCAAGUGGUAUGGAUGCUUGAUAGAAUGGAGUUUAUUGGUCAGGAGAUGGGAAUUCGGCAGGCAUUGGUUUUGAGAGAGGAGGUUAUGAGCAAGAGGUUAGCCGAGUAGGGCAUCGGAACCUCAUUAGGGGGAAUGUUUGAACUUGCAGGUUAUGGAUUCACAACUCCCUAAGUAGAAGAGAGCAAUAGCUCCGAGUCGGAGCAGAUUCCAUUG